AUGCUUAACGUGGAGGGAUGGGUCCUCUGCACCACCCUCCUGAGUCCCCUAACCAGAGCCUUCCCAGAUGAAUUGACAGUCGAAACGUCUUCCUUCAACCACGCCCAAGUCCCCGUUGCUGGUGCGUCUCAGGCCGAAAACGACCAAUAUGGGGCCUCCAUUCGGCCCCGAUUCAUUUGCCGUCUUCCUUAA